GAUGGGAAGAGGGAACGACUCUAUGUCUAGCGCCGCUCUCAACGUAGCUCUGUAAGCACCACUGAUGACUCUCGCUGCUUUUGCCUGUAUGCUCUGCAGGAUGUUGAGCAUCUUCCUGGUGUACAGCUUCCCUUUCAGACUAGCGUUCGACCAUAUUGAGCAGGCGUACAACAUCUGCAGGAGCGCGGUGCCUUCAUAUAUCCGCCGCAGGUUGAGAAGGCUGGCACCCCAGUUGGAGCCUCCCAGGCAGCUGAGCGCGUUGACUGUCUUUGUUGUUUUUCGUCUGAUCUGCUCUGUGUGCUCUUUCCAGUGUAGCUUCGCAUCCAUUGUCAGUCCAAGAUAUUUGCACGUUGCUUUGGGCUGUAUCUUGGCCCACUUGGUUCGAAUGGAAGUCUCAGUACUGAUGCGCUUGUGUGAUCUGGUGAAGUACGUGAGCUGGAACUUGCUUGGGGCAAAGACUGAUGCAUGUUUGCUAGCCCAUUGCUCUCUCAAGGAUCUUGCCCAACGUGUCGCACGUCUGCUCUGUUGUCUUGCCCCAUGCCAGAAUGCCGCCAUCGUCUAUGUAACCUGUGGAUAUGGCAUCUGGCGCAUGGUUGCAUUCAUCUAUCAGAUCGGCAGUGUAGAAGAGGUAGAGGAUAGGCAAUAGCGGCGAGCCCUGUGGUAUGCCUGUGUUUAUCUGGUAGGCCGUUGACCGGAAGCCGUCGAUGGUGAUACUCCUGUGUCUGUUGCUGAGGAAGCUUGCGAUCCACUUCACUGUCUUUUCGUCUACUCGCCUCUUCCUCAGGUCGUGAAGCAGGCGUGCCGGAGACAUCAAGCAGCAAGAGACUCGCCACCUGACUAGUGCCUUGGCUCCAUGCUUUGUAGAUCUUAUGGGUGACGGCAUGGAGUGCGUGCUCAGUAGGUCGCAUCUUCGUGCCGCCCAUGUGUGUCUGCGGUAGGACAUGAUGGGUCUCAGCCAGGUAGCUGAGCCGUCGUGCUAUGACUGCAUCCAUGAUCUUGCCUGUGUUGUUCAUCAAUGCACACUCUGCAAGGGUUUUAUCCACUUUAAACGUGGCGUUGAGUUAUGGUGUUGAGGAUUUUGGUGCAUAAUACGCGGUCGGCGCAUCUGGGGAUGGCGUGCAU